GUUCUGUCGGAGGUGUUCGGUUCCUUCAAGACUUUUUUCAAGUCCGGCCUUUGCAGCAGCGUCCUCGUCCCCGAUGCCGAGCACCUCGGCUGGCUCCAGGACUUGCCCGAGUAUCUCAAGGAGAUUUGCGAGUUUCUGGCCUCCUUGCUGAGUGGAACCCAGCAGAAGUACGAGGAGGAGCUCCAGCAGUGCAUCGAGGAUCACUUUUUGAUGCCCGCAGAAAAGAUCCUGGAGCGGGCAGCGUUCGGCAUCGACCUUGCCGCCCUCGUCACCGCCAAGGCUGGCGGCGCAAAGCCGGUGCCACAGCCAGAGCCUCGUGAGGACGCGGUGCCCGUUGAGAAGGACGCUGAGGCUGAGGGCAAUGGCAAUGAGACAGAUCAAAUGCCGGACGAGCUGCAACAGCCCUCGCCCCCGUCCAAGCCGCCAAGGUCGGCUCACUUCCCUUCGCUGGUACUCUCCGACCUGCAGGCUGACAUCCUGGAAAGGCUUCCCGACCACGCCUUCGAGUCCUCGUUGGCGUUUGCCCGGACACGUGCCAAGACUGUCCAGAUUUGUGUCGAGCACGCCCCCGUCCUCGAGCCAGAUGAUGAGCGCAAGGUACUUCACGUCAUCGACAACAAGACUCUGGCGGUGUCCAACAACGUGGCCUGCAAGCGCUACCCUUACAGGUUCACUCCGGCAUUCGACAGCCAGCGCUUGAAGCAGUCGAUGACAUGGGUCCUUGGCGACACUGCAAAGCCGUGCGUUUUCCGGGACAAAGACGCCCUCGUCCUCUUUGACGGAAGGGGCCGAAAGUCGGCCGCUGAGCUGAGCAAGCUGCUGAAGGCCGGGCUGAAGAACGUGCCAGCGCACGACUUGCCGUCGCGCAAAAGCGAGGCCUUCAGGAAUCAGCUGCGUGGCAUGGGGGGCGUGGACUUGAAUGCGGACAUCGUCCUCGUCACCGGCAACGUCCACAGCAGCAUGGCAUCAUCAAGCACUGUCGAGGAGCAUGGCCCUCCAGAUGCUGAUGCGACCAAUGCCAACGCUGCUGCCGACACCGCGGAGGCGCCAGACGAAGGGGGCGAGAUACUUUUCCCGUGGGAAUGGAGCGUCCUCGUCUGGGAGGAGUUGUUCAACAGCUUCGCCGUCGACCCGUCCUCGUUGCACAUUGUUCACUACCAUCCUGGUUCCGGUAUCGCCGCAAUCCCUGCGUUGAAGCGGAAGUUCACGUACAGCUGCGUGGUGGCGACGGAGAUCCACAAACAGGUGCUCCGCGAGAUGAUCACCUUCAGGAUUGUCAGCGACAUCAGCCUCGGCGACAAGAGUUGGCGAUGCCGCAAGCUGACCCGAGAGCAAAGCCUGACCGGUGAGGCCCCGUCGGAGACUCAUGGCAGCCCGGCGCCCUCGACGGCGCCCUCGACGGCGGCGGAACCACCACACAAGGUCCAGAGAUCCGUGGCGCCCAAUGAUCAAGAGGCCGAGGGUAACGAGGGUAACGAGGACACGGAGAUGAAUUUUUCGGAGGAGGACGGUGACGAUCUGUGA